AUGCACCAUACCACUCGGGCCAGGAGAAGUGGGGUGUGUUGGGCCACUUGGCUGGCGAACCCAACCGCUGGCCAAAACAAACUGCACGCCGGGCGGAAAAGACAGGUGCGCACCGGAAUGCCUGGUCUGGCGCACAACAGCAGCACCAGCAGCAGCAACAUCAGCAGCAUCAGCAGCAGCACCAACAGCACCAACAGUCUCCGUCGCAGCAACAUCAGCAGCAGGACACGCAGCAGCAACAGCAACAGCAACAGCAUCUUCAACAGCAACAGCAUCUUCAACACCCGCUGCCGCACCACACCCAACAGCACCAUCCUCACCAGCACCAGCACCAGCACCAGCACCAGCAUUCACACCACCACAUCCCUCACACCCAACAGCCCGACCAGCCAGCUCAGCUUGGCCGCGGCGGCACCAGCAACAUGA